CCAGAUGUCACCGCUGACACUAUCCAACCCUGACGUAUAUAGCACAUUUUGAUUGGCAAAUUAUUAAAAUCGAAUAUUUCGGAAAGUAUCUAAGCGCAAAGCGAACUAAUUGCAAACAUCAACCUCGGAAUCGAAAUUAAACCUUCCAGCAAUGGGCUUUGACCUCAAUAGCAUUGUGGGUCAUGUGGACGAGGAGCUCAUCUGCCCGAUUUGUGCGGACGUACUGGAGGAGCCGGUGCAAUCGUCAGGAUGUGAGCACGCCUAUUGUCGCGCCUGCAUCGACAAGUGGAUGCUGCAGAAGCAGAUUUGUCCGGUGGACCGCUCCGCGCUCUUGGCCGCUCACCUGGUACCCGUGUCCCGGCUGAUGCGCAACAUGCUCUCGCGGCUGAAGAUCAAGUGCACCUUCUCUGCAAACGGUUGUCCACUAAUGCUGCCGCUCGAAGAGUUCCGGACCCACGUCGUCUCCUGCGAACACAAUCCCAAGGUGGUCGUACUGUGCAACAAGGGCUGCGGAAUGAAGGUGCCCAAGGACGAGCUGGCGCGCCACAACUGUGUCUUCGAGCUGCGUGAGCUGGUGCACCAACAGAUAAAGGAGAUCUCCGAGCUGAAGGUGAAACAGGCCAGCGAGGAGCUCCUCAUCGUGAGCCAACGUCGGGAGCUGGAGCUGCUCCAGUACUACAUAGCGGCGCUGAGGUCCACCAAUCCGGUGCUGCGUAAUAUUGGCGAGCAGCUGGACCGCUACUCGCUGAUGCAGUGGGGCAAUGGCCUGCCGCUGGCCACGGUCCGCACCUGGGGCAGUCUGAUCUCCACGCCGGACACGCCCAUGCACGUGAUGGUGCGCGACGGACUGCGCUCCUGCGGCUGCCCGAUGCACAUGCUCAACCUGAUGGUGGACCGUUGCCACGAGGAUCGCUGGCCGGAGGGCCUGAUGACCCUGGACCUCCGUCGGGAGAACCACCAUCAGCUGGGUCAGUAUGUGACCCGCCUGGUGCCGUCACUGGCCUCCGGCAAGCCGUGUGUGGUGGUGCUGGGCGGCGACAACAUCCACAUGCCGGAGAAUCUGCGUCCCAGCCUCGGACUGGUCAUGAUCUUCGUCGACGGCGUGGAUGAGAUGGUGCAGGAGGCCCUUCCGGACAGUGAAUUUCUCUGAACCAGUGCGGCCACACCUCUAUACUCCACAUCUAAAUUCACUUUGGUUACACCACACACAAACCACAAUGGCCAACCGUUUCCCACGUCUUUGUCUUGGAAACGAUGCCACGGCCAUUUGGCUUUUAAUGUCUAAAAUUACACGAUCUACGUAAGUUAAUUGUCUGUCAAACGGCUAUCGGUCGCUCCUCUCUUCCAAUGGGAAAUAUACAGUGCGGAGAAAAAGUUAUAUUACAUUAUUACGUACCAACUUCAAA